AUGGAUGCGGAGGAUUGGUUGAUGGCUACGGAGAGAAAGCUCAAGACGGUUGGAUGCACCGACGAGAAGAAGGUGAAAUAUGCGACACAUCUUCUGUGUGGACCCGUCGCAUCCUGGUGGGAUAAUAUAUUGGCAGUACACCCAGUUGGAAGAGUGUUCACCUGGGAAGAAUUCAAGCGGAAGUUUAGGGUAUCCAAUGUUCCUGAAAGUGUUAUGGAGUUGAAGCGUAGGGAGUUUAAAAACCUAGAGCAAAAAGAUAAGGCAAUCAUGACUUACGUCAGAGAGUUCUCAGGGUUAUCCCGAUAUGCAGCUGAUGAAGUGAGUACAGAGGAUAAACGGAAGAAAAGAUUCAUGAGAGGAUUGAAUCCGUCUUUCAAGAUGCAACUCAGAAUGUUGAAGGCAACGGAGUUUCAAGAGCUGGUUGACGCAUCAAUUUCCAUGGAGGACGAUUUCAAGCAAGUACAGGAAGAGAAGCGCAAGAAGGCGAAGUUUGAACCAAAGAAGUUCAUUAGCAAAAAACCCAACACCAACUUGACCUUCAAGCCCAGAUACAACCCCAGUGGCAACAGGCGGACCCCAGGAGCACCGUUUAUGGCAAAUAUCAUCUGCCGUAGCUAUGGAAGUAAGGGACAUUACUCGAAGGAUUGCCGAAGGCCAAAAGUGAUUUGUUUUGGUUGUCGCCAGGAGGGGCAUAUGCUUAAGGAUUGCCCUAAUAGAAAUAAUGGAGGAGGAAAGUCAGGAGGAGGAGGGAGUAGGAAUGGAAACUCUGGAGGGAACUGGAAGAACAAGAAGCCCUUCGGAAAGCUAAACUGUACCAUCCUGGAGGAGGUGAUCAACUCAGAUAAGGCUGUCAUAGAGAAGGCCUGCACCGGAGCACAGGAAGGGGACGACGAGUUGGUCUACGAAGAGCCUGACCUAUCAGGAGGAGUUGAAGGCGUGGACUAUGGGAUAGUCUACGGAGUUGACAACACCGAGGCGGAAGAAUAG